UGUUGUGAAGUCCUGAAACGCUGCUCGCUGAUUGAUCAUCAGAAACCAAAAAAACAUUAGCACCAAUCAGGCUCAGGGAUCGGAUUAUGCAUCCUGCUGAAUGAACAAGUUUCACUAGCAGACAGCAGAUAAAUAGCUGAAGCGCGUCAGAGUGACCCUGUCUGCAGAGGAAGAUAAUCCCAAGACACAGCUACAGUACAGAAGGACUUAUAUAUUCCAGGAUGGAUGUGAAGCUGCUCAGUCUCAGCCUGCUGCUGGUUUGUGUGUGUGGCCAGUGUGAGUGCAACGAGCCUUACACUGGACUACAGUGCCAGACGAAUUCAUCUUUACCAGACGACGACUCACGCCAUCCAGGCCCCAAUGCCACAGUGUGCAGCGGUAGGGGAAAAUGUGUGGACAGCUUCUGUGAGUGCGACAAGCCAGUGAACCCAGCUCAAAGAUACAGCGGACAGUUCUGUGAGUGCAGCAACUUUGACUGUCCCAAGCACAACGGCAGACUAUGUGGCAAUCAUGGGAGGUGCAUCUGCGGGAGCUGCAUUUGUGAUGAUGGUUGGACGGGUGAGGACUGCGGCUGCACCAUGAACGCUUCUUGCUGUAUGACUACAGACAACAGAGUGUGUAACGACAAAGGGUUGUGCGAGUGCGGAGUAUGUAGAUGUUCUCCACAAUACGCAGGCCCGACCUGCGAGACCUGCUCAAUGUGUCCAAGCAGAUGUUUGCAGCACGUAGACUGUGUGGAGUGUCUCGCGUUCAGGACAGGAGCAAAGAAGGACAGGUGUGACCAAGACUGUGGCAACCUCACCGUGACAGUGAUGGAGACCGAACGGAGUUCACCUCAACCAGGAGAAAUUCUCUGUAAAAGGCAAAGCCAUGAGGACUCUUGUGCCUUCUACUACACCUUACAGAGGGAGCCCUUCAGAGAAGAACGGGCUGUGGUUUGGGCUAAAGAAUGUCCUUUUGCCCUUUAGAGGUGAUGGACAAAGGGAGAGGAAUGUCUGUAACUUUUAUGUAUCUUGAGGACAACGUCAGUUACAUACUUUGAGUUCUCAUUUGUUCUAAAUAUCUCUGGAUUAAAGCACCAAAGAAUUUGUAAUUUGGUCAGGAGGAAAAACAGUCAUAGUUUUAAUUUGUUGUCAUAAAUGUUUCCUAAUCAACAGCGAGAUUAAAGAUGAUGUUGUUCUGUCGAGGGCAGAAAAGAAAGAGAGCAUACCUCCAUUCUUAUGAUGAUGCAGUUGUUUCUCGCAGUGAGGCUGGUGCUGUGCUGAAA